UAAUAAAUUUGCAAUUCAAUAGCUCAAUUUAGUCAGAGUACAUGAUCUCAAAAUCGAAUAACAAUUAUGUAAGUAGUUGAGACCAAAAUGGGCACAUAGAGAUGGGACCGAAAUUAUACCAUGUCAUAUUUUGGUUAGCUCUAAUGUAUAAACCAAAUUCAAGCCAAGACCCGGACCCCGAUCUGCUGCCAAGAGAAUUGCCUAGAGGAUGGAAGGAUAGGGCAAGCAGCACAUUGGAACCAUGGUCGCGGUGCAAGAAGAUCAAACCCACGCCUAGAGACGUUGUCAGGCGGAUCUGUGCCGUAGUACCGUAUUUUGACCGCGAGCACCAAAAUGCCGCUCUCCUCCAACGAUACCGGGUCACCAUCAACAGGUUAUCGGAAAGUAUGGACUCGGUGGACCGCGAGGUGGCCUUCUACGCGGCAGUGGUCACGCCUAUCGUGUUCUUACAGCGUUAUAGGGACGCUAAAUGCUUGCUGGAACGGCUCCAGCAGUCAUUUGAAGAGUUUCACACAUACCCUGCUGAAGAAAAAAGGAUGGCCUUGAAAAACCUCCAGGGUCUACGCGAUAUUAGCCACAGGAUCCUACAGUUCGUCAACAGCGUGCCCGACAAGCGACCCCCGACCCGCACGCCCCCGGCAGACCUCCUGGACGACGAGGACAUGGGCCAAGGGGACAAACAGGACCUCCGCUUCUUCAAGGAGUUAGUCAAAAACCUUGGAUAAA